AAUCGGAAUAGUAGCCUACAGUUGUUCGCGUGCUUGAGCAACGCAUACCGGUUUCAUCAGGCUUUUUAAUUAACCAAUCUUGCAGAAUAUAGUAAAAGCGCCCGACCAUGGACUCUUACGCCCUCCUCGAUCAGGCAGAUGAAGAUUCUCUUCACAAAUCCCGUCUAUUAAAUGUUGAAGAAAAGCCUUUUAAAAGAAUUACAAAACGCCUUCUCACCCCGAACAAUCUCAUCUCCUCACCGACCGCAUUCCUACCCACGCCACCGCCAGAUUCCACAUCCCCGGACGACGACGCAUUAGCACGAUAUGAAGCAGAAAGACAGAAGCUCUUGGAAGAUUGGAGGCAAUUCCAGGAGGACGUAACACUAGACUUUGCUGCCUUCGAGGGCAGCAUAGCGAGAAUCCAGUUUUUGUUAUCGAGCAACGCAAAAGAGCGAGAAAGAUACGCCGCCGAAAAGCUUAGAAUCUUAGCCACUGCCCAGGAAGUGAAGGAAAAUACGGCUGAGCUGAGAAAACAGUUGGAAGAAGCGCAAAAGACGCUUGCCCUUCGAAAGACUUACGACGAGCUUGCGGAAAAGAUUACAUCGAACAGGCUAUUACGGCCCCGCGAGGAUCAACAAGCCAAUUUGGAAAAGCUUAAUGCCGAAAUCGCGAAGUUGGAAAAGGAAAGUGGGGAAUAUGCUCAGACCUGGGCGGAGCGCAGAGAGCAAUUCGGGAGAAUUGUUGAGGAGGGAAUGAAUCUACGUCGUUUGAUUAGAGAUGAGAAGGAAGAGGUAGAAAGACGUGAAGGAAUGGAAGAAGGAGAAGAAGGGGACGAGGGGGAGGUGGCAUCUAAAGGAAGAGUCAGCAUGGUCGGUACUCCACGUCCCGAUCAGGACAGCAUGACCCCAUCCCAAUCCAUGGAGGAUGUUGUUACGGCCUCUGGAAAGCCUCACCCCGAAAAAUUGAAAAGCUCUGCGACACCUGGAAUUACUCCACUCCGUCAGGGAAUUACUAUCUCUAGGACUGAUGAUAGGAAAGAAUCUGAGGACGAGAAUAUGGAGGACGAGGGUGAAGUUUCAGGUGAUGAAUCCGGGAAUCGUGGAGAAAACUCCGCAAUUGAAGGUCGAUCUCCAUCAAAGACAGCGGAUGAUUUGGAGGAAGGAGAAGAAAUUUCGGAUGAUAAACUUGAAGACAAAAUGGACACCACGUAGUUUGGCGCAAGGUUUCACAGAAUACAGACGACAGACAAAGAAACAGCUGGAGCCAUGUUUUGAUAAAACAUGCCAGCUAAUUCUAAAAGGAUCGAUGAUACGCUUCUUGACUCGGGCUCAUUGGAAAGUCCCGUCCUCAGAUAUAAAAAGCUUGAGUGGUAAAGGCUCGAGCACGGCGCCCAUGGAACUACGACGACCUCGUUCUUGGAAAUAUGAAGGCUAGGGUUAUAAGUAAGAGCGGAGGGGGUGCUGCUUGCAAUAGGGAUAACGCAUGUGCUCUCAGAUCUCGUGGGCGCAUCAUCUAUGCCCCUGCUAUUGUGGAGUCCACGGGCCUUGGGUUAG